UGCACCUUCACAUCAUCACCACCCUACCUUUAAUAACUACCGGGUACGUACCCAUCACACAUCAACUCAGGUAGCCUACACAUUUCAGCAACUCCUGUUUUGGUGUUUUAAAUCAUACAAGAAAUGAAUCACACGGGAAUGUUGUUAGUGGCAACUAGUUAAGGAUAACUAAGACAUGGGGAAAUCCAAGGCGCCCGGAAGCGUGCCAAAUCGGCCAGUCUAUUCUCGAAUCUCAUAUUUAUAUCAAGCAGCAACAUAUCUAGCCAGCCAGCCCAAAAGCACAACAAACAACACAGUAGCAACACAAGAAAAGAAAACACUUCACUCAAGUCAGUCUAAGCAUGGACUUUCACGUCGCUUUAUUACCGACCUCCGGUCUACCUCGUUAAAGAGUCAAAUACGUCUUUCUCCGGCCAUGAAGCAUACUAUCUGUAAAUUCUGCGAUAGCCUGCUUAUCGAAGGAGAGACCAGUAGCUCAUCAAUUGAGAACAAAAGCAAAGGCGGUAAAAAGCCGUGGGCUGACGUUCUCGUCGUUAAGUGCCACGCCUGCGGAGGAGUUAAGCGUUUCCCCGUCCAAGCGCCUCGACAGAAACGGCGACCACUUCGUGAAGCAGACUCGAAGAAGAAAACGGAUCAAAGUCUAGAAGCCGAUAAUCUAGUAGAAGGGUCUUGAGCAACAGCACAAUCCUGUGUUUUAUUUCUCUACGGGAUGGGCCUAUAACUAUCCACCCACGAGUUCGGCGCGUGUUGAAAUAAGGGAGCUCUUCUGGCCCAUUUAAUAAUAAAAAGACGCGUCUGGAGGAAGUAGGUUUUUUUUUUCUAACAUUCUC